AUACUUAGCGUUUAGCUGUAUAUUAAAAGGAUGUGACCAAGUGGGAUGUCCCCCCGGAAAGCAAGGAUGGUUCUAAAUGUGAAAAUCAAGGUGACACACCACAUCAACAAUAUGAAGGGAAAAACACACGACCAUCUCAAUUGAUGCAGAAAAAGCAUUUGACAAAAUACAACACCCUUUCAUUAUAAAAACACUCAACAAAAUAGGAGUAGAAGGAAACUAUCUCCACAUUAAAAAUCUACAUCUACGUAUGAAACAUAUGUAGCAAACACAAUACUCGAUGGUGAAAAAAAGCUUCUCCUCUACGAGCAGAAAGAAGACACAGACUCUUCCUUUUAUGACAUCUACUCAACACAGUACUGGAAUUCCUAGCCAGAGCCAUUAGGCAAGGAAAAGAAAUAAAACACAUUGAAACUGGAAAGGAAGAAGUAAAAUCAUCAUUUCUGUUUGUAGGUGAUAUGAUCUUACAUGUAGAAAAUGCUAAAGACCCCAUAAAAAAGGUGUUAGAUCCAAUAAAUGAAUUCUGCAGAGCAGCAGGGUACAAAGCCGACACACUAGGAACAGAAUUAUCUGAAAAAGAAAUCACAAAAAUAAUUCCAUUUAAGAUAUCACCAAAAAGAACAGAAGACUCAGGAAUGAACUCAAGCAAGGAGGUGAAGGCUUGUGCCAGGAGAGCUACAGAGCAGAGCUGAAAGAAAUUAAGACAUGAAUAAGUGGAAACAUCCUAUGGCCCGAGAUUGGAGACUUACAUGGCUCUGCAUCAGGACUACCCUAAUUGCCUGCAGAUUCAGGGGAACCUCAUCAAAAUCCAAUGACUUUUUUUUUUUUUUUGUAGAAACAGUAAAACCCACCCUAAAAUUCAUACUGAAUCUCGAGAAAACUCAAAACAGGCAAAAUAAUUCCCUAGAUGAAGAGAAACACUGGAGGACUUACACUUCCUGGUUUUAGAACUAACCACGAAUCUCUGUUAAUCAACACAGCAGACCCUCGGGGUAGAGCCAGACUCGCCAGUGGAAGGGGACGGAGAGCCCACAGGGAAGCCCUCACGGCUGUGGUCAGCGGGGAGAGGAGCACCUUCUCAAUUAACAGUGCCAGGAAAACUGGGUAUCCCCAGGCAAAAAGUGAAGUUGGACGCCCACUUGAUGCCACACACGAAACUUAGCUCAAAAUGGAUCGAAACUCUCAACCUAAAUGUAGGACCUGGAACUCUGAAACUCAAGAGAAAAUGCACAGAAAAGCUUCAGGACACUGGAUUUGGCGGUGGUUUCCUGAAUGCGACACCAAAGGCACAUGUAACAAGAGUAAGAAGACAAACUGAACACCACAAAAAUUUUUAAAAUUCUGUGCAUCGAAAGUGCGAUUAACAGAGUAAAAAAAGGUAACCUGCAGAAUGGGAGGUAACGUUUGCAAAUCGCACGUGUGACCAGGAUCUAUAUCCAGAAUACAGAAAACUCCUAAAACUCAGUCACAGGGUCCCAAUUCAGGAAUAAGCAAAGUUUGUAAUCUGUACAAAUACCAAAGAACUCUUGUAUACCUAGUAUGCACAUAUGGUGCACCAGCUGUAUAACUGAACUAAUAAAACGUAUGUCGACUGUUGCUCAAUGAAAAGCACAGCUGCGGCAGUUCCAUGUGUCACGGUGAGCACUCCAGACUCGGAAAGACACAGCCGUGGCUACGGCAGGAACAACAAAAGGCAAAGGGUUGGGAAAUACACUUCUCCAAACAGGACACACCAAUGGCCACAAAGCACGCAACAUCACUAAUAAUUAGGGAAAUGUUCCUUGUGUCAUUGUUCACAAUAGCCAAAGAGUGGAAGCACCCUGACCUGUGCUGCAGCCAGGAGAGGGACAAGCCCUCAGCCUGUACAAGGACGGCCAUUCUGACACCUGUUACACCGCGGCUGAGCCUGGAGGACCCUGUGCUCUGGGCAACGAGCCCGUCACAGAAAGACAGAGAUGGCAGGUACCACGUGGAUGAAGCCCUUGGAGGAGAGUCCAAGUCACACAGACAGCCAGGAGGGGGUGCUGGGGCAGGCGGCUUAGGGCUUCACGGGGACGGAGUUUUAGUUUUUCCAGAGGAAAAGAGCAGGGGUGUGGUGACGACAGUGGCACAAUCAGGAGUCCACUCCCUCCUGCACCAAAAGACGGUGAAGAUGGUAAAUUUUCUGGGCAUUUUACCACAACAAGAAAACCUGAAUAAAAUCCACAAAAUUCUCCUGCAUGGCAGCGGUACAUGUCACUGCUUUCCAGCCUGGGCCCCUAGAGUCCCCUGGGUGGGCUUACAGGGGGGCAGCCAGUGGCCACGACUCCCUUUGCUCUUACGCAGUAUGGGUUUUUAUCACUGGUUGCACACGACCCGGGAAGGGCUCUGUCUGUGCCGUGAGCCACGUGUGCCGGGAACGGGGAGCCCUGCGGCUGUCUGUGCUGUGAGGCGUCCCCCAGGCCUGGCUGCAGGAGCACGUCCAGGAGCGUCUGGGGCGGGGUGGGGGGCCUCUGGGGCGCAGGGACGCUCUGAACGGACCCCACUCAAGCCUCCGGGUUCCCACUGCUCCCGCAGAGGACGGCGUCGACCCCAGCAGGGCUUCUGGCACCAGGAGCUUCCGCCGCGGGGGCAGGAGGCUGGCCCCGAGGACUCCCUGAACUUACCCAGUUGAGUCCCUGAAAACAUUCUAUGUCCGUCCUGUCUUUCACCUGGGAAUCAGAGACUCCGUCCUCUUUCUGGGGUGUCAGAAACAAGCACCCAAGGACGGAGGCGUUGGCCAGCCAGCAGCUCGGUGGGACUGCAGAUGGAGUCCGCAGUCGGCAGAGCCCGUGACCCGCCCUUCCUCGCUCCGGGGACUGACUGACGGGCGAGGUGGGGGCAGAGGGAGCAGCACCAGCAGGAAAAGUCUGUUCCUCUCGGCAGUCCUGCAGGCCUGCGUGGAGGUGGAGGCAGAUUCCUGCCCGCCCGGGUGCUCUGCCUCACUCCUUCCCGCGGCCCCCAGGGCUGCGUGUGCGGUCAGGCCCCCCGGGGCCACCUGGCCGCACGCACCUGCCGGGUCGGCCCGAGUAGGGUCGUGCUUUACCCUAAGGAGGUCGUGGCAGCCACGGCGAAGGCCGAGGGGUGGUUCCUCAGCCAGGGAGAUGCAGUAAGGGGCUCACCCGCCAGGAAAGGUUCUAGAAGUGGAAAGAACAGGAAGGAAGCAGGCAGGUGGCAUUCGGAAACCCUGAAGGAAGUGUUUCCUCCUGUCAGACAGCUUGGUUCAUUUGCUUUUUCUUUCUCUCUUACACACACGCGGACACACACACCAGGCCUCUCUGUUUCUGACGUGGGGCUCCACAAGGCAAGUGUUUCUGGGACCAGAGGGAAGUGGUAUCUCUUCCCAGCUGUUGUCCACACAGCUGUGUCCGCGCUGGGCACCCUGAUCCCCGGGGCUCUGCGGCACCCGACAGUCCGGCCGCUCAGGCUGGGGGCGGGCGCCACUGCUCCCCUAACGUCUCCACACCCCUCCCCUGGCAGAAGGCCGCUGCUUCCCCCGCUGGGUGCCCCCUCCCCGCCGUGGUGGUGAGGACUCUCAACGGCACCCACGCAACAGUCCGCACGUCAACCCGGGCCCUUCCUCCUGCACGUGGCUGCGAAACAGAAUACGGACCGAUCAGAAGGAAAUCAGCCCAGGAACCUGAGUGGAAAAGCCGGGUCAGAGAAACCGAGGAAGGGGCAGCAUCAGCCGUGGGAGCUGACAGCAGAGCGCCUGUACGUGCCUGUCAAACCGCUUCUCUUCAUGGGCAGUUCUUCUCUUAAUUUACAGGAGCCCACCACACCCCUUGCCAGGUGCCCCAGAGCAUACGGCAGGCCCCCUCAUGCUCGGCUGCCUGCUCACAGGCCCACAUGGUCCGCACGGUCCUCACGGUGGCUCUGCUGAGUGCCCGCACGCACCCUGUGACAUCUUCCGGGGGCCACGGACACUGGCGGACGGCUUGGGACAGUUCUUCCAAGCUGGACCCCAGUGGUCGGCAGGCACGGCGCCCCUCACGGAGCUGCAGGCACAGGACCUGGGCAGGGACAGGCCCGGGCCCUCUGAGCAGGGACAGCCCUCCGCCAGGCCAUGGCAGGCACCAGCUGGAUGGCCAAGUCCGUCAGUCACUCGAGUUACUGUCAUUUCUUACCCACACUGAUAUGCCAAGGGCCAGGAUUUCCGAGAAAAGGAGAGUUUGCAGUCAUAUUUGUAAAGGCUGGAUCUGUAGUGCUGUCCGCUGCAGACGGGACCGACGGCUGGGGCCCCCAUCGCAGGGGCACACCUGUGCCGUCUGUGCGGUUGGGGUCUGAUAGAAAGGGUCCCGCUGCACACACUGCCCUGGACUCUGUCGUCGUGUGGCAGGGUCUCGGCUGCUCUCACGGGCAGCGUGUGUCCCCACUGGCACCUGGCCUGUCUGAACCUGACGCUGUCAGCAGAUGCUCAGGGAACUGCUUGCCCUGAGGAAACCGUGGAACUAGUGAGGCCGGCGGGACCCCACGCACAACUGCUCCAUAAGCGCCUGAGAAGAGCCCGGCCACGGCUCCCAGGGCAGCGGCGGGUGGGGUUGGGGGGAUGUAGGGGUGGACAUGCAGCUGGGAGCACAGGGGGCCCCGAAGCUGCUGCUGGGGUGUGGCUCCGGGCCUGGGACAGGGUGUGCUCCCCCAGACUAAGACCUGAGCCCCAGUGCGGGCCUCAGCUCACCCUCACGGCAGCUCCUGGCGACCACGCAGCGGACACAGCAGCUCCCAUGGACGGGGGCUCGGACUGCAUCUCCAUGGACAACGGAUCAGAGCAUCUUGCCGGUGGGGGGGCUCCAGAAACACUUCUGGGGGGCUGCGUGCUGCCCAGGCUCACUGGCCCGCGUCCCUUCCUGUGGGGGCCCCAGCUGCUGGGGAGCUGGGAGCAGGGCCUGGUGUUGCCCAGGACCCCGGUGCUGCCCAGGACCCUGGCACUGGAGGCCAAGCCCUCGCUGGGAUGCUGGCCGGCCCCAGCUGCAGGGAGGAGCGGCCAGCUCUGACCAGGACACCCGACAGCUCUGCAUCUGUGUGUGUGGAGGGUUUAAGCACAAACACGGGCAGAGUGAGAGCUGUAGCAGCCCCCACUCCCUCAAAGCUGCUUGUCUUUGGGCCCCUGCUGACCCGACUCCCAUGGACGGGCACAUCCCCCCUAUGUGGCCUGCUCAGGGUCUGUCACCAGGGCUGGGCCCAUGGCGUGUGGACACUCUGGGUGUGGUGUGUGGCUGACCAGACUGAGGCUCGCAGACCCCUCACCUGUACGUCCAGCGCCAGCAUGGAUGUCGGGGUACAGAGGGGGGCAAACAGGGCUCCCCACUUAGGCAGACAAGGCCUCCUGACAGCAAAAAGCCAGCGUGGACCUCUGCUCCCAGAAGAGGGGGUGUAUCUCCCCACCCCUGCUGCUGAGUUCCACCGAAACCCUGGGCUGCACAUAGGACUCCAGUGUGAGAAGACGCCCAGGGACAGGACGGCAGGCUGGGGGGGCCCGGGGAGCCCUGCAGAGCCCAAGCCCCGGCUUCUGGGCGUGGGUACCAGCCGCUGCAGACGAGAACCCACACGAGCCUGCUCUCAGAGGCCAGGAAAGGGCAUCUGGAAAGGGAGACUUUCCGACCCCGCGCACCCCUGCCAUCCAGAUGCAGCGGAGAAACAGCCACAGCCACGCUCCACAGCAGAGGCUGCGGGAGGACCCCUGUGGGGUCAGUGAAGGCCGUGAUGGGAAAGUUCCCUGGACCCAUGGGAGCCCCCUUCUGGCCGGUGGUCACGAGGCCUUGGUCACAAGAGUAACAGUGCAGAGGUGAGACCACACGGCCGUUUGGCACGAGCAGGCAGGGGAAGCUGCGCUGAUGUCAGAGAGAGGAGUCGUGCAGAGGGCGGCCCACCCCCGAAUGGCAACCCCCCGGGACGGGCUGGACGCGUGCACCGCAGAGCCGCACAACCCAGUUAACGACCAAGCAAACGCGCCAGCGCCAGAAGGAGAGUCGGGGGAACACCGCCACCCUCAUGUGCGGCUGACGUCCCGAGUCCGCAGCAGACCAGCCACAUGGUGUGACCCCACAGGGCCACUGGCCGACGGGGCAGGCAUUUCCAGAGCAGCCAAGGAGUGGGGCUCCUCCUAAGUGCCUGCAGGACACACGCCAGGGCAGACCCGCUCCCACCCUGGCGCACAGCAACACACGCCUGCAAACCGAAAUUGUGCUGUUUUCUGACUGCGUUUCGGAUUCCUGAGCUCAAACGCGAGAUCCAUACGGAGAGACCACAGGAGACUCUCCGGACACGUGGAAAAUAACACUCUUCUACAUGAUCUCCAAGGGAAAGACCCCCACUGACCAGCGUGAGAAUGAAACAGCACUAGACAGGGUGUGGGACACCCUUGCGGGGGGCAGUGUCCCAGGUGCGAUCAUCUCGCCUCGCUGGCCCAGAGAGCAGAGCAGGCCCAGGAGAGACAGAAAGGAGGAAAUAAUACAGACAGGAAGUGAUUCCGUGAAAGGGAAACAACAGAAAAAAAAUCAGUGAAAUUAAGACCUUGGUCUUCCUGUUACAGUCUCAUGGGGGCGCAGUCAUCCCGUGGCCGUUCUCCACCGGGU